CUGACCUAUCUUUUAUUUGCUGUGAACCAUUGAGUAAGUCCUUUAGUUGUUCCAAACCUCGCUGCAUGGAGGGGGUGACCAUACCUGAUCCCAGGGAAGUUGUGGGGCCAGAGGCCCUAUGUGCGUGUGAGAGGGAGACGUGGAUAGCUGUGUGGGCAGUGCACUGUGCAGGUGGAACGGGCUGCCCCUCCACACAGACUCCCAGGCAGCUCCCCUCUGCCACCCUGGGGAUGAGAAAGUGGCUCUCUUGACCCAUAUCCGACUCGGUUUUCAGUGGCUUCACCCGGUGACCCUCGCCCUUUCCUUUCUGGUCCUUUCUUUGUGCUCUUUAUAAAUCACACUCUGUAGUCACGUUGUUGCUACCUGCUGCCUGUCCUCUGGCUUUUCCUGGCUUCUCAGUCCCCGCGGGCUAAUGUCUGUAGCCCCUGGGGCAAGCCUCCAUGCUGGCGCCUCCUUCCCGCAGCCCCAGUGCACCUUGGAUGUCUCCCUCCUCUCCACAGAGACGGGGCUCAGGCUUAGCACACCUGCUCCUUCCAGUUCCCCUCAUGCCCCUGCCCUCCACGGACAGCUCACGCUUCUUGCAGGACAAGGAAGAUGGGGAGCCCAAGACCAAGCAGCUCAGAGAAGGGGAAGAGGAAGGCGAGAAGCACAGGGAACUCAGGCUGCGGAACUACGUCCCAGAGGACGAGGACCUGAAGAGGAGGAGGGUGCCCCAGGCCAAGCCAGUUGCGGUGGAAGAGAAGGUGAAGGAGCAGCUGGAGGCCGCCAAGCCAGAGCCUGUCAUCGAGGAAGUGGACCUGGCCAACCUCGCGCCCCGGAAGCCUGACUGGGACCUCAAGAGAGACGUAGCCAAGAAACUAGAGAAGCUAGAAAAACGGACCCAGAGGGCCAUUGCCGAGCUGAUCCGUGAGAGGCUGAAAGGCCAAGAGGACAGCCUGGCCUCUGCAGUGGACGCCACCACCGAGCAAGAGGCCUGUGACUCUGACUGAGGCACGCCAUGUCCCCUUGCCCCUGUCAGGCCUGUCAUGUGGGUGGGUAGUCUCGGGCAAGGGUGGGGCUGGGAUUGCUGUUACCUCCAGAGCCAAACCGCCCUGUCAGCCUGAAACCCCCGCCGUGGGGUGAGGUCAGCUCCUUGUCUCCUAAGUGGUCCCCGUCACCCCGACAGGGGCAGAGCUGACAGCAACCCUGUGGGCUUGCUGUGUCUGUACAUAUGUAUGUAUUUUGAACUUUCUUUUAUCUCUAGAAAUAGAAACAAGCAGACCUGUAUGUGCGCCAGAAACCUGUCAAUAUUUUCUGAGUCCUGGGGCGCUGUGGGUUUGGGCCCCAAGGCAAAGCAGAGGUGAAGCUUAGUAUGAGUAAGUGCUGUGUUGGGCUGGGCAUGUUGAGGCUGGAGGGGUGCAAAAGGCCCAGGCCUGACCUUCUGAGUCCAGAAGGUAGUCGUGUCAAAACCCACAGGUGACAGAGACCGAGUCUGAGAGAAGCUUCGCGGGCCUGGGCCUCGCAGCAGUCUGUGGGACAGCGUGGAGGGGCUCCCACCCUGGUCCUCUGUGGACUCCCUCACAGUGUGAGAGAGGCUGGGGGUGUGGAGGGGGUGCACUGUGCCUGGCAAGGCUCCAUUCUGGGCCGCUCCAGAUUCCAGGCCCCUGGUGCUGUUCUCUCUCACCCUGCACAACCCCAAGCAGCCCUUCUCCCCACAACACAGUCGGAGCUAGACUGUGGCUUCUCUGGGACAGGGCCCCUGUAUUGGGUAUGGUGGCUCAUAUAGACUAGGGUAUCAUAGCUUUGGUUUUGAGUGUGGUCAUGGACCCUGGGUCCCCAGGGUCCUGGCAUUAGGACCGUGAGCCUUCUCUGGAGCUGACUCUCCAGAGUGACUAGCUGGCCACAACUCCCAAGUCCAAGUACCUGUGCCCAGCUAGAAUUUCAUGACCAGAAUGAUUACACUCUUGAUUCUCCUUCAGGGUUUCCCCUUGAGCCUCCCACCCCCGCCCUGUGUCAUUCCAGGGUGUCGUCCCCUCUGUGCUCAGUCGGAGGAACAUAUGGCCUGGCUCUGGCAGACAGUGCCGAGGACCCAGGUCAUAGUGGUGGAGUGAGUGUGUGCACACAGAGACCGGCAUGCUGAUACAAAAAAGUGAAUGCUUUCAGCUAAAAGAACGCAACUACCCAAGGAAGGUAAUUUGUGCAGAACGGGAGCAGAAACUUGCAGGGAUGAUAGGGCUAAAGUGGCAGGUGGCUGGCUGAGCAGUGGGCAACCCAGCACUCUGGUUCCCACACCAGUGGGGGUUAGACAUGCCCACAGGUAUCAGGUCUAAAGCCACACUCCUUCUGCAUAGCAGCGUCUGGAGCUGGGCUUCCCUUCCUGGGAAUAAAGGAUAAGAAGGUGUCCCCGGCCCAGGACUGCUGUAGGAAGUGGGGUGCUCGUCCGUGACAGUGUGAGACUCACACGUGGUGACUGGCGGCUAGCUUUCCACCAGGACUAGAGUGUGGCCAGCCCCACAGAACAAGAGCCCCGAGUGCUGAUGAGAAGUUUCCUUCUGCAUUUACAGCUCUCUAUGCCUAUAGAAAACUGCCAGGCAGAGAGAGAGAGGAGAACAAAAACCAUCACACACGAUGGGCACUUAGACUCACAAAGUAUGUGAGAAAUCCAACACCUUGAAGAAUGGCUACCAUCCCAACAUGUGGAAGAAUUUACACCCAAGGAAGCUGAAACAGUUACAUCCUAACAGGCUUUUAAAAAAUGAGUGUUUGUUUUAUUACCACAGAGAUAAAAGAGGGACUGAGCCCCAUGUCUCAGGAACAGGGAUUAGGCAUGAGGAAGAUCUGUUUAGAAAUCUUGGAAACAAAGAACGUUUAUGAAAAUAAGCAGCGCGCGCACACACACACACACACACACACUCAGCAACUCACUGGAGGAACUAAUAAUAACAAAGAAGGAAUUGAUAAAUUGGAAGGGAAAGCUGAAGCUCUAAAAGGUGGCAGAGAGAGAGAAAGAAGAGAGAGAGGGCGGGUUGAGAACCUUGACGUACUGCUCGAUGGCCUUUAGUGGACAGGAGAUGGAGAAAAACCUGGAGACAGAGGGUACUUGAAGAAGGAAUGGCUGACCACGUCUGUUUCUGGCAUCACAGUAGAAUAGUUGCCUGAAGUGAUCCUCCCAUUGCAACAGCUAAAAACACUAGGUAAAUAAGUCAUUACAACAAAUACUUUUUAAAUGCAUCACUGAUCUGGCAAGAAAGUCAGGAACACUCAAGCAAGUAGGUAAGAGAAGCAGCAGAAUGCUGAAGCCUGACCUUUGCCUUGAAGAUAUGUAACAAACCAGGUGAAACCAGUCUUGGUUUUUGGGGUCCUCGGUGUCUGGGGCUAAGAUAACGCAAUGCCUGUGCAUAAUGAGGGGCCUGGUAGGAGAGCCCUCCAGAAAGCUGGGGCCCCCAAGGGCAGCUCCCUCUGUGAACGAAUAAUAAAUCUGCUGUCUUGGCAUCCCAAAGGAAAACUGAACCUUGCCGCUGACUGAACUGAAAAAAGGUCUCCCUUGAGAACUGAGCUGGCCCUCGUGUGGGUUUGCUCAUGAGAAACCUCCAGCCAAGAAUAUAAAUGGCUCCAGAAUGUGGUGGUCUCAGAUGCUUGAUAGAAAUGCAAAUCCUACCUGAAUGAACCUUGAAUCAUUGCAGUCCUUAACGAACGCCUGUUGAUAAAGUUCAGGAAAAGUGAGCAGCUUCUGGAAAAGGUCACCCACCAAAUCUAGGAAACAAGGCACAAGAAGCAAAGGACAUGGGCAGGGAUGUGGUAGAAUCAGACUUGCAAAGGAUUCAUACAUUAGAAUGACCAGGUAGAUGAUUUAAAUGUUUAAAAAUGAUGCAAGAAUUAAAAGACAGGCUUGAAAAUAGGAACUGAUUUGCCAAAAACCAAAGUGAUGUUCUGGAAAUAAAAAUUAUUAUAGCAGUUAAAAGCCCUGCAUCUGUGAAUUAGAACUAAAGAAGCGGUUCAUGUACAGGAAGCUAGGCCUGAAGAGGUCUUCCAGAAUGUAGCAGGAUAAACAGAUUGAUAAAACCUAAAACAAGAAGCUAAGAGAGAUGGAGGACAGAGUAGGAAGAGCCGACAUGAUGUGUGAUCGGAGUCCCA